ACACACCAACUCAUCCACAGUGGAGUUAAACCUUACGGCUGUGACUUGUGUGGAAAGUCUUUUACCCAGGCUCAGAACUUAAAAACACACCAACUCAUCCACAGUGGCGUUAAACCUUACAGCUGUGACUUGUGUGGAAAGUCUUUUACGCAGGCUGGAGUCUUAAAAAAACACCAACUCAUCCACAGUGGAGUUAAACCGUACAGCUGUGACUUGUGUGGAAAGUCUUUUACCCUGGCUGGAAGCUUAAAAACACACCAACUCAUCCACAGUGGAGUUAAGCCUUACAGCUGUGACUUGUGUGGAAAGUCUUUUACGCAGGCUGGAGUCUUAAAAACACACCAACUCAUCCACAGUGGCGUUAAGCCUUACAGCUGUGACUUGUGUGGAAAGUCUUUUACCCUGGCUGGAAGCUUAAAAACACACCAACUCAUCCACAGUGGAGUUAAGCCUUACAGCUGUGACUUGUGUGGAAAGUCUUUUACCCAGGCUGGAAGCUUAAAAACACACCAACUCAUCCACAGUGGAUUUAAAGCACACAGCUGUGACUUGUGUGGAAAGUCUUUUACCCUGGCUGCACACUUAAAAAAACACCAACUCAUCCACAGUGGAGUUAAAGCACACAGCUGUGAGCUGUGUGGUAAAGCUUUUGCUCAAAAUGAAAACUUACAGAAGCAUCUAGUUACCCACUCUGGAAUUAAGGCAAGCAGAGCAACGCACAUGGAUCCAGUUCUCAACCCUGUCGUCACUGUGGUGGUGGGAAAGAGUUUCUCUGUGACCUUUGUAGAAAAGCUUCCAAUCAUCAACGGGACCUAA